UCGAAGUAAUAUGUCAUCCCCGUCGGCCAUUAUCAUCUCCAAAAUUCUCAGUACAUUCAGGCAACAGAGUCGACCUUUAAAACCCCUAUAUUCCACACUAGGCAAACCAUCCGAAACGAAAAACGAAAAUGAGUCGAAAUAUCACAUAACACGCGCCACCAAGGAAGAUUACGACGGAAUCAUCAAGCUGAUGCACGAAUCUUACUACGAGGAGGAACCCACCUGCUCGUGCCUUGGAGUAACCCCCAACCCCGUCUUGGAUGAGCGCCGCUUAAGGGCAAUGGCCGAGGGGUAUAGUUUAGUUGCGAAGUGCGCGCACGACGGUAGCAUCGCAGGUGGCGCGAUCAACGAGUCGACUCAUCCGUGGGACCCAGAUCUGGGCGAAAAACUGGCCUGUUCGGUCAAGUGCCCCAAGGUGAAGCAACUGAUCCUGUUUUACGCCUAUGUGAUGCGGGCGCCGGACCUGUGGGAGUGCUUGGGGGUCGGCAAAAUUUUCGAGAUGGCUAACGUAUUCGUGAAGCGGGCCCACAGGAGGAACGGAUUGGCCCACAGACUGAUGAAAAGGUCGAAGGCUUUGGGGGCCGACUGUGGAUUCGGCGUGCUCAGGUGCGACGCCACUAGUGAACACACCGCGGGCAUAUGCGAAAAUUUAGGAAUGCAAUUAGUCGCUGAAAUUCCCUACUGCACCUACUUAGGGCCCGAUCUGUUGCCGGUGUUCAAGCCCCCGUUUCCCCACCAAUCGGUCAAAGUAUACUGCGACUGCUCCCCCCAACUGAACGAACUGCGAAGCAAACUGGACCAAAAAAUCAGGCAAUUCAGAAACGGUAUCGGCGGAUCCGCUAACAAAUGAAAGAAACUCU